AUGGCGCAGGGGAGGUUGUGGAUGAUUAUUGGGUUGAUGAUGUUAAUGGGUAUGGCGGUGGAGGCCACUCCGCCGGGAAUAGAGUAUCACCCAAGCAAUUCUCACUGCACUGACGAUGAGAUUAAGCAGUGCAAGAAUCUCCCCCAUGUUUGUCCCAAAUUCUGUCCUAAUGGCUGCAUUACCGAGUGCAGGUCUUGCAAGCCUAUUUGCGUUGAUGUCCCCACCGCCGCCCCUCCCCCUGACUCUCCUCCACCGCCACCAUCUCCUAACCCUCCAACCCCGUCUCCUCCUCCAUCUUCAAAGCCGCAAACGCCUUCUCUUUCCCCAUCUCCAUCUCCUAAGCCGCAAACACCUUCUUCUUCUCCUUCUCCAUCUCCUAAGCCGCCAACCCCUUCUCCUCCUCCUCCAUAUCCUAAGCCGCAAACGCCUUCUCCUUCUCCAUCUCCUAACUGGCCGACCCCCUCCACUACUUCACCCAAAAAAGUUAGGUGUAAGCUCAAUAAAUACCAAUCUUGUUAUGCCGUCGAGCAUCAGUGCCCUCCCGAUUGCCCGAGCGGUUGCCAAGUUGAUUGCGUCACUUGCAAACCAGUUUGCAAAUGUGACAUGCCGGGAGCAGUGUGCCAAGACCCUCGAUUCAUCGGAGCCGACGGGCUUACCUUUUACUUCCAUGGCAAGAAAGACAGAGACUUUUGCCUCGUAACAGACCCUAAUCUCCAUAUCAACGCCCACUUCAUCGGAAGACGAAACCACGGAAUGAAGAGAGACUUUACGUGGGUCCAGUCCAUCGCCGUUCUAUACAACAACCACACCAUCUUCAUCGGCGCCCAGAAAACCGCAACCUGGGACGACGCCGUGGACCGCCUUUCUCUCUCCUUCGACGGAGAGCCCAUCCUCCUCCCGGACACCGAGGGCUCCACGUGGCUAUCUAACUCCGCCCCGCCGGCCAAAAUCACGAGGACCGGUGACACCAACGACGUGACGCUGGAAAUAGAAAACACGGCCACAAUCACGGCCAGCGUGGUUCCGAUAACUCAGCAUGAGUCCAGAGUUCACAACUACGGAAUCACGGAAGAAGAUUGCUUCGCCCACCUCGAAUUGGGCUUCAAGUUCUUGUCUUUGAGCAGCGAUGAAGUGGACGGCGUCCUGGGGCAGACGUAUAGGAGGAACUACGUGAGCCGGGCGAAAAUGGGAGUGGCGAUGCCGGUGAUCGGCGGCGAGAAAGAGUUCGCCUCGUCCAACCUCUUCGCGGAUGAUUGCGCCGUCGCCAAGUUCAACGGCGGAAGAAAGGGGUCGUCUUCGUCGGUUUUGGAGCUGCCCAGCAUGAAGUGCAAGAGUGGGAUCUAUGGACGUGGGGUUGUCUGCAAGCGCUAGAGUGGAUUAUUGGAUAAGCUUGAAUCUCCAUGCAUGUUCAUGAGGGAUAGUUACAUUAUUAUUAAUAAUAAAGAUUGAAUAAGACGACUCUGAUCUAAAUAAAUAUAAUGCUCAUGUACGUGGCAUAAAUAUUGUACUUACCUCAUUAUAUCCAAAAACAUUGUGCUAAUAUAUACGGAGUAUUAUAUAGUUAUAUGAAGUUAAUACAUAAUAUAGUCAUUGACUAUAAUGGUUUUA